AGUUCGUGGCGCAGAAGGAUGGAGGUGAAAUAUCUUCUGCUGUGCAUUUGGGGCUUACAAACGAUUUCGACAUCGUUGGCGUACAUAGAAGGACUAUACUGCGGUUUGGAGAACUGCUAUGAUGUUCUUGAUGUUGACAGAGAUGCAACGAAAGGUGACAUCAGUAAGGCUUACAGGCGACUGGCCAGGAAGUGGCACCCUGACAUGCACAAAAGCAGUAAAGCAAAGGAGAAGGCUACACUGCAAUUUCAGAAAAUUGCAAAUGCUUAUGAGAUUUUGACAGAUGAAGAGCAAAGGAAGGACUAUGAUCAUAUGUUGGAUAAUCCAGGUACUUAA